UGUCACGAGUAAGAGUACUAUUCAUGAAUAAAAGUCUUAAAUUUAGUUUGAUAUAUGGAGUAUUAUGUAGUCUAAGACGAAAAGUAAAAACAUCUUUAAGCAUGCUACCAUACCCAUAAAACAACCGAGGCACCAUGGAAUCUUCCUUUAUUGAUUUUGGAAUGCGGAGUAAUAAUAAGGCGAAGAACGGGAAAACAAUAACCCACCACCAAUUUCGCCAUCAAUUCAGAGCUUUCCCCCAAACUCCCUUUACCCUUGCGUAUAUCUUCUCUCCUCUCUUCUUCCCACUUUCGGCGUCUUCAUUUUAGGUAGAGUAAUUACUUCUUUCUUCUUCCCAUAUCUUACCUGCUCGCUUAUAUACUUAUAUUCUACGGACUAAGUUCAUCUCCCAAUACCCUUUUGUCAGUGAAUUCUCUGUUUUUCAUAAGUUUAAUUUCAUCCCUGGCUUUCUCUAGAGAAAUUGAAAUGGAGUGUAUUGAAGCCAGAGCGUUUAAGUCCAGCGCCCUCAAGAAAAUAUCAAUGAAAUCGAACCCACAAGUUUUUUUCGACGACGUUUGGUGUUUGACCGGCCUGAACAACGUUAAUAGCGGCAGCGACGAUUUUUCCAUCGACGACCUGUUGGACUUUUCCGGCGAAGAUUUCACCGGGAGUCGGUCGUCUUUAGACUCCGAGGAAGACGACGGCCGGAAACCCAAUUUCUGUUUGGUGUCUUCUCCUCAGCACCGCCAGAAUUCCGACUCCCUGACUUUUUCCGGCAACGACGACUUCGCCGCUCUUUCUUCCGGCCAACCUCCCCUGCCGGCUUACGAUAUGGAGAAUCUCGAGUGGUUAUCGCAAUUCGUGGAUGACUCUUCAUCGGAAUUGUCAUCGUUUUUGCCCAACCCCUGUCUUCAGCCGGGAACCGGGAAUGUCCCGGAGAACCGGCGUGAACCGGUGGUAAUCCCGGCCUUCCAGAGAAAACCGAGGAGCAAAAGGCUCAGGAUAACCCGGCAGCUAUGGUCAUACUUGGCCCUACCACUACCUUCAGAGCCAUCUUCAUCGUUUUCCGGCGGCGGCAUAGAAGGGCCGCCGGCGAAGAAGCAGAGAAGAGAGUCAACGGCGGAGACCGGUUCAGGCGCCGGUUCACUGCGACGGUGCAGUCAUUGUCAGGUUCAGAAGACUCCACAGUGGCGAACCGGGCCGAUGGGCCCGAAAACUCUGUGUAACGCUUGCGGAGUUAGGUACAAGUCCGGCCGGCUUUUCCCGGAGUAUAGACCGGCGUGCAGUCCGACCUUCUCUGGAGUGAAGCACUCCAAUAGUCACCGGAAAGUUUUAGAGAUGAGACGGAGGAAGGAAGCCGGCGCCGGUGCCGGAGCGACGACCGUUUAGACGCCAGGGUGGACCGGCACCGUUGGGUAUCAAUGGUAGGCGUAGCCGCGUAGGUAGAUAUGCGUCAUAUUUGGGCAAGUGUAACGGUAACGGCGAUAGUGAUAGGCAUCUAGACGGAGUUUAGGAAGGUUAUAAUUAGUGCAUGGAUUUUAGGCUUUGAUUUGGUUGUAAUUUGAUUUUUUUUUAAUUUAAUCGCAGUUUACUGUAUCAGAGUCAUUAUCAGUUAGUGGAACUAUUUGGUUUCCUAUUAUCAUUACUAUUAUUAAUUGUGUCCUAAUAGUGGACAACUAGUAAGAGAUUGAAAGCACGUCUUAAUCCAAAGUAUCUCAAAGUUUUUUAUUACUCUAUAUUCUAAAGUUAAAUUCCCC